AUGGAUGAAUUAGAUAUUCAAGAUAUUGAACUUGAGGCAUUAAUGAUGUAUGAUAAGCUCUUUGUUGAUAAAAUAUUCCAAAAUUGGUGUCAAAUAGAAAAGUUCAUAAAGAAAUAUGCUGCUACUAAAGGCUACGGAAUACAAAUUAAAGAAGAAGAAAGAACAGAUACAACAACUAAGCAA